GGCGGCGGCGGGGCCCCGCCCAGGGGGCUGCGCCGCGCCCGGCGCAGGGCCGGUGGUGGGUGGCGGCGGCCAGUUGCGGCGGGGUCCGGCCUGUCAUGGAGGUGCGGGACGGGGCGCCGGGCGCUUCCGCGUGAGGGCGGCUCCGGCGGCGGCCCGGGAAGGUUUAUCAGUGCUUUGUCAGGACCUCGUUCAGAGUCUCCAUGUUGUCCCACCUCCAUAAAACUGAUCUGAGAAGAAGCGGGGGACAGUCUGUUCGGGCCGUGUGUUUCCAGUAAGCGUUGGUUUGUGACUCCGGGCAAGGCAGGUGUGUAUCCUUCAAGAGGUACAGACUAAAUGGAUCUAAAGACAGCAGUGUUCAAUGCAGCUCGUGAUGGCAAGCUGCGGCUCCUUUCCAAGUUACUGGCAAGCAAAACAAGAGAAGAAGUGGCCUUACUUAUGUCAGAAAAAACCAAUGGUGCCACGCCACUUCUGAUGGCAGCCCGUUAUGGGCACCUGGACAUGGUGGAGUACUUGCUGGACCACUGUUCUGCUUCGAUAGAAGUUGGUGGCUCGGUGAAUUUUGAUGGUGAGACCAUUGAGGGAGCCCCGCCAUUAUGGGCAGCAUCAGCUGCUGGUCACUUAAAGGUGGUUCAAUGUCUGUUAGAUCAUGGUGCAUCUGUCAACAACACAACUCUGACAAAUUCAACGCCGCUUAGAGCUGCCUGUUUUGAUGGUCACCUGGAAAUAGUAAAAUACCUUGUGGAGCACAAAGCGGACUUGGAAGUAUCAAACCGUCAUGGGCAUACAUGCUUGAUGAUCUCCUGUUACAAGGGCCACAAAGAAAUUGCUCAGUAUUUACUUGAAAAAGGAGCAGAUGUCAACAGAAAAAGUGUUAAAGGAAACACUGCGUUACAUGACUGUGCAGAAUCUGGAAGUCUGGAGAUCAUGAAGAUGCUUCUCAAGUAUUGUGCUAAGAUGGAAAAGGACGGCUAUGGGAUGACUCCCCUUCUGUCAGCCAGUGUGACCGGCCACACAAAUAUCGUGGAUUUUCUGACGCAGCAUGUACAGACUAGUAAGACAGAGCGUAUAAAUGCUCUAGAACUUCUAGGAGCAACAUUUGUGGACAAAAAGAGAGAUCUGCUUGGUGCUUUGAAAUACUGGAAACGAGCUAUGGAGAUGAGAUACAGUGAUAGGACUAAUAUCCUAAGCAAGCCUGUGCCACAAACACUAAUUAUGGCCUAUGAUUAUGCUAAAGAGGUAAACAGCUCAGAAGAGCUAGAAAACCUUAUUGCAGACCCUGAUGAGAUGAGAAUGCAAGCGCUAUUAAUUAGAGAACGUAUUCUUGGUCCUUCACACCCAGAUACAUCCUACUAUAUUAGAUACAGAGGUGCUGUCUAUGCAGACUCUGGAAACUUCAAGCGAUGCAUCAACUUAUGGAAAUAUGCUUUGGACAUGCAGCAGAGCAAUCUAGAUCCACUGAGCCCUAUGACAGCCAGCAGUUUACUGUCAUUUGCUGAACUCUUCUCCUUCAUGCUGCAGGAUAGGGCAAAAGGCCUGCUUGGCACUACUGUUACAUUUGAUGAUCUCAUGGGUAUAUUGUGCAAAAGUGUCCUCGAAAUAGAACGGGCUAUGAAACAAACGCAGUGUCCUCCAGACCCAAUACAGCUGAAUAAAGCCCUUUCCAUCAUUUUGCAUUUAAUUUGCUUGUUGGAAAAAGUACCUUGCAGCUCAGAACAGGAACAUUUUAAGAAACAGACUAUUUACAAGUUUCUUAAGCUUCAGCCUAGAGGGAAGAAUAACUUCAGCCCACUUCACCUUGCUGUUGACAAGAAUACUACAUGUGUGGGGCGCUACCCAGUUUGUAAAUUCCCCUCUCUACAAGUUACUGCUAUACUGGUGGAAUGUGGUGCUGAUGUAAAUGUCAGAGACUCUGAUAACAACAGUCCUUUACACAUUGCUGCACUGAACAACCAUCCAGACAUCAUGAAUCUUCUUAUCAAGUCAGGUUCACACUUUGAUGCCACAAACUCGCAUAAACAAACUGCUAGUGAUUUGCUGGAUGAGAAGGAAAUAGCAAAAAAUUUGAUCCAGCCCAUAAAUCAUACUACGUUGCAGUGUCUUGCUGCUCGUGUUAUAGUGAAUCAUAACAUAUACUACGCAGGACACAUCCCUGAAAAAUUGGAGAACUUUGUUUUGCUCCACAGAUGAUAGUGUGGAGUCUCGGAGUACUGUUGUUGAAGCACGACUUGGUGACAAUGUUUUUCUCGAGCACUGUUGUGAUACACCAGCGUUCCCUUAGCUUGCUCCAUCUUGCUGUCAUUGGCUAAAGCGUUGUUAGCAUCAGAUCUACAGAGUUGGUUACCCAGUAUUUAAUAUGAAUAUGCCAUAUAAUAUAUUUUGUGGAUUAUUUAGAAAUGUAAUGCCAUAUUUAGACUCUUAAAAUUGUCUGCCAAAGGCUUGUCUAUUCUGGUCUUAUUUGCCUGUUGGGUGUUUGGGACUGAGUUGAAUGUUUUCCACUGAUGUCUUUUUACUAUAACUGUUGUGUGGAUUUUAUACAGUUGGAAGGUCAUCAUUUUUGGUUUUGCUUGAGCAUUUCUACUCUUAUUCUAUUCUUUUUCUAUGGACUCAUUGCUAAACUGUACAAGUUGUAUGGACUUGUUAACAUUUGCAACUACCAUAAGUGCUUUUAUCUUCUCUAUGCACUGGCUUAAACAUGACUGUUGUGUGUGAGCAUAUUUCUAUGCAGCAGUUGGCCAAUUUCAACUUAAAUGCCAAUUUUGUUUUGCAGUUUGUUUGGAGCUCUUUUUGAGAAUGCUGCCUUCAUAGCAUGACAAAUUUUGGAGCUACAUAUCAGCUCUCCAGACUUGGGUUUGACUUUUUUAUUCUAGCUGUAACUGAGGUCGCUUUCCUCUUGAUCCUCUGGAAAUUUGUGCUAAAUUUGGGAGAAGAAACUCUCUCUUGUUCUCAUGGUAAUCCACUUGAACUUUAAAUCUCAAAGUCAUUCUAUUGCAUAAUGCAUUUAGGGGAAGAGUUCUCAUCAUGUACAACUGACACCUUCCUCUUUGCACUAAUGUCUUGCUUGUGCUGGUUAUGUGACUAGAUGUGAAGUUUGCUCAAAGUUUAACCUCAAACUUAAUGAUACACUUUAAUGGGAAAUAGAUCAAAUGUAUGCCGUAGUUUAAAUUUACAAAUCAACUUCUUUAGCUACAAAAGAAACUAAAGCAUGUUGGUGGCAUGACGCUUAUCAGUCCAGAGCUAGACAUCAUCUAGUAUAAUUAUAAUGUAGUGAGUGGCUGUAUGCCAGGGUAUUGGAAGUUCUAUAGCCUUGUCCCUUUUUCUUCAUUUUAAAUAUCUUUAUAAAUACUUGCAUGGAUUUUUUCAUCUCUACCAUCUGUCAGCUGUACUUAAAGAAAAAGCAGAAGUUCUGUUGUGUAUAUAGCUCCUGAUUAAAGUUACCUAUUUUUAUAAUAUUUGCACAACAGCUUAGCUUUUACAACAGAAAGGGCUCUUUUGACUUGAUAAGAAAUCUAUAAAUGAAGAUCAUAAAUGAGAGUGAGAUUCAGGUAAUUAAUAUAAUUCAGCACUUUACUGUUGAUUAAUAGUAGAAUUUAUUAUGGCACAUUAGCCCUGCGAAUGUCUUAAGUGGAAUUCAUUUCUGUUGAGUAGAAUACAGUUUACCUGCAAGUUUAGCGAUCUAGCAUAUUGAGUAUUGUUGAACUGAUGUUUCAUUUCAGUGAUGGGCAGUAGAUGUACCUAUGGGGUUUUUGCUCCAGAAAUUCAACAAGUUGAUCUAGGCUUUUGUCAGUGACAGAGAUACUUAAAAGCCAAAUGAUUUAGAUAAAGGAAACAUUGAUUUAGGAGGGUCUUUUCUUUUUUUAAUUUGCUGUUGGAGUAUUUUUGUCUUUCGUGAAUGAGGCUGAGGAAGAAUAUGUCUUGAGAGCGUAUAAGAAUAGUUCUUCCUUGCUUCUUGGCUGUUUCAGGUUUCCUCGUAGUGUACAGUGUGGAGCCAACGAGCUUACCCAUCCUUGGGAAAAAUACUGGGACGCUUUUAAACAAAGAUAUGUUGAAAGCAGUGCUGUUUGUGUAUUGCCACUUUCAAACUCUGUAUUUUGAAGCAACUUUCACCUGUUUGUCCCAUGGCAUACGUACAUUGUUUUUGUGAAAUUCUGAGUAUGAGGAAAUCCUGUUAGCUUCUCUUGCGAAUAUGCAGCAGUAAAUUUCUUUUCAGUUGGCUGAAUUUCUCUGAUUUGCAAUGAUUAAAACACAUGCCACCCAAUUUGUCAUUUGUGAGAACAAGUAGUUUGAUUUUUUUUUUAUUUCUUAUUUUUGAUAUGCUUCUCUACUACUCUAUAAGAAGGUAUAAUCGACAAAUCACACCACAGUAGAAAUAAUCCACGUUACACUUCAAGUCAUUUUUUUAAAAAAAGUCCUCUUUCUACAGGUCAUAGAGAAAGGGAUUUCUAGAUCACUGUUUUAUACUCUGAAAUCUGUACUGCUCUUCAAGGUUUGUAAUUUAAAUUUCUGUAACUGUCCAAUAUCCUGUUUAAAAUUAGUUACUUGGACAUUGCUAGUCCAGAAAUAUAAUUUAAAAAUUAGGGGAGUAUGUGCUGAUAAUGUUAGCUGAUUUUUGAAUGAAAAAUCUCCUUAAAAGAGAAAGAAUAUCACUUUCUAAUAUAUGUAAGUCUGAUGAAAAUUACAAAGUCUUACAGGGAGGCUUAUUCUGGUAACUACUUUUUUUUGCACCCUCACCCCCUUUUUAAACAAACAUUUAAUAGGACGUACUGAUUUAUUGCAUGUGGUUCUAUCUAAAUACCUACCCAUACACAUCAGUCCUAAAGGAUAACACCCUAAUUCAGAAUUUAAUUUUGCAAGGUCAUGAGGGUAUCUGCUGAACUCUUACAUGUGAUCUUGUCAGAUAUUCAAGCAUAGGUGUCUAGAUGGACAAUUGAAUGCAUUUAAUUCCACUUUCCACGUAGCCUUGUAUGUUUACAUUACCCUGUUUAUACCCUGUUUAAUUUUUACUUCAUUUUAAAAGAAAUUGGUACAGAGCCUGUGUUGGAUAAUGCAUUGGGGAUUAGUUAAGGCUUUACUGACUGGGAGGGAGGGUUAGGAGAGUAGACCCUGUCUGAGAUGCUGCUGCUGCUAUGGCCAGUGCUAAAGGGUAGUAGCAGUUUGGCCUUCCUCUGCUCCCAGUUCAAACCAGGCUUGUCUCCACUUCAGUAUAGAUAUCACCUUUCUGGACCAGAACUUUUUUUAUUCUUAGCCUUGUUACUCAUUCAGAGAUGAGAAUAAGAUUAUGUUAGUGAAACGUGAUUCUAAAGGCAAUAGUGUUGCCAGCUGAACGCAAACUGCGAUGAAGACAAGGAGCUAAAGAGCAUUCAGAACACAAAGAAUUGUUUUCUUUUUGUCAUAUUUUUAACUCAUUCUUUUUCCAUUCUUCUCUUAUCUGUCUUUUUGGGCCUUUUUUGCUGAUGAAAUGUACUGUUCCAGAGCUACCAACCAUAAAAUCAUUGAGAACACAGAGGAAAAAAUUGUAUGCCCUUUAGGGGUGUAACAGGUUUUAAAAUUGGUUAGACGAUUCACAGAUAUGUGCCUUUUAAAGACAAGGAUACUGAAACACCCCUACUUGUUGGAUUUCUUUUUUUUCUUUUUUUCUUUUUUUUUUUUUUUUUCCUUUUGAUAAUACUCAACUCAAAGCACUUUUUCCUUUAAUCUUCUUGGGCUUCCACUGAAAUACUUCAGCCAGGAAGAUUAAAAGUACAUUGGUAAAAAAUGAAAUACUCUUCUUACCAAAUUCUAAAAUUAUAUUUCUAUUUUUAUAUCACUUAGGCCUUCCAAUAACAAGAUUCCAGUUGUCUGUGGUAUCUCUGAGGUUCUGAUUGCUAAAUGCACAGUGUAAAGGCAUUUUUUGAAAUAUAAGGCAACAGUGUGGUUAUUUUUCCAGUUAUACUCUGCAAUGGUCCCUGGAUAGGAAAUAUUUUAAUAUAUUUCCUAAAUCCCCAAAGAGUCUUCUUUUAACAACUGUUCGGAAACUGAUUGAAAUUAAACUCUUUCAUAUUUGUAAAACACUAUUUUAAAAAAAGGAUUGAAAUGCUAUGACAAAAUCCUUAUAAAAGGAUACAAUCCUUAAUAGGAAAAACAUGUGCCUCUUAGUUUUAUAUCAACUGCAAGGUAAUUGCAGCAGGAUAUGACUGCUCUUGAAAUAGCUUCCUCAUGCUUUGAAAUCUACAGAGUAGAAGGACCACUGUACUCUAAAAUAUUGACAAAUGUGGGUACAAAGACUUAACACUAAUUUCCAUCUUCUUGUGACUACAAUAAAGUCAAGUGGUAUUUAAUGCUCCAAAGUAAUUCUGAGGAAGUUGAUGGAGACGUACUAGACUGAAAUAUAGUUUGUUUUAUACUGUUCAGAUCUCUUGGCUUAGAGUGUCAAAGUAACUGUUAAACCCUCGGUGAGGGCAGAGUGAAAAGUUAUUGUUCAUUUGGUUUUAACUGACUUUGUAUUUGUGUUCUAUUCUCUCACAGAGACUUCCUAUGCAGGGCUAGCUUCAUGUAUUGAAAUACUGCAGUUUCUUUUUUACGUGAAGUAAUUUAGCUUUAACAGUAAUGUAAAAAAGGAAUAACAAGCGCAUUUCCCUGCUCUUACUCUCUCUAGGCUCCAAAUGCAGAUUACAUUAAAAUAUGUUUUGGAGAACA